GCGCGGGUUUGCUGUUAUGGUUGCUUGUCAUCCGUCUGUUGUGGAGUGGCAAAAUUACAAAUAAAACGGUUUACUGGGAAUCUUAACGUCGUUUCUCGUCGCUUGGAAAACCGAAAACAUGUCCAAGCGAGAGGCGUUUUUAGAGGCCGCCUGUAAGGAAAAUGUGGAGGACUUCCUUCGCUUUAUCCAGCUUCAUAAGGACAAAACGGAGCCUUUCGAUGUGGAGGAGGUGGUGCAGGAGAUGCCCAGAGACCAGAGACAGACUCUGUGGGGAAACCUGGCUUCACUCCUCCAGGAAGUCCUGCAGGAGUUACCGCCGGAGCGCUGGGAGGAGGGCAGGGCGGAGGGUAUGGAAGUGGAGAUGGCUGCAGACCCUAAACAUGUCAUGGCUGUUGUGGACGGUGUGACACUAGUGGCUGUGGUAUCCUCAAAGGUCCUGCAAGACGGCGACACCUACAGUGCCCUUCUGGAAAUUGCCCACAGGCUUCAUGAUGUUCUGGUGUCGCUGCCUGUCUCAGAGGCACCUCUGCAGCCCCAUAUCCACACGCUGUGUGAGGCCUGGUGGAAGAAGGGCCUGAAAGAGAAAGAAAAGUUUGGUCGCACUGCUCUCCUCAUAUCUCUGCAGAAGAGCUUCAUUUUGAAGAAACCGGGUGUUGAGAUCCUAAGAGUCUGGAGUCUGCACGAUGUGCUUUUGAGCCUGGACUACACGUCAGAAGACAACAAGCAGAUUAUCGACUUGUUGCUUCAGUGCUUUCACAGCCCUGCUUACAUUAGAAACGAUGACGGAAAGCGAUUCCUGGUAUUUCUUUUCAGCUGGAACGUCAGCUUCAUCUGGGUUAUUCAUGGAACCAUCAAAAACCAGCUGGAGUUUUAUAGCAAGGCCAUGACGACUCAUAUUAUGGAGAUCUACUUCAGAGCAUGGAAGAAGGCUAGCGGGGACUUCCAGGAGCAGAUCGAGAGCUCGUGCAUUCAGGAUUUUAUGCAGAAUGCCAUCUUCCUUCACAGAACAUCUCCUGUCCAUGCCAAAGUCCGACAGAUUGUGAGCUAUUUCCAUGCAAGGAAGGGCUGUCACAAGGUGGACAAGAUGCUCUACAAUCUAUACAAGCCCAUUCUCUGGAAAGCUUUAAGUGCUCCAAACUUUGAGGUGCGCGCAAACGCCACUUUCCUUUUCACUGAGGCCUUCCCAGUCCAUGACCCGGAUCAGAACAACAAAAAUGUGGAUGAGGCCAUUCAGAAGCAGCUGGACACAGCAGUGGGCCUCCUCAAUGACCCUCAUCCCACGGUGCGUUCAAAUGCCACGCUGGGAGUCUGUAAGAUCCUGGCUAAGUGCUGGGAGCUCCUUCCUCCUACAGUCAUCGCAGACUUCUUGAAGAAGCUGGUGUCGGAGCUGGCGGCUGAUAGCAGCUCCCCUGAUGUCCGGUGCUCAGUCUUCAAGUGUCUGACUAUUGUAUUGGACAACGCGCUCAGCCAUCCGCUGUUGGAAAAACUCCUGCCUACUCUCAAAUACAGCCUUCACGACACCUCGGAGAAAGUCCGCAUUGCUUUCCUUGACAUGCUUAUCAAGGUGAAGGCUGUGCGUGCUGCCAAGUUUUGGGAUGUGUGCAGCAUGGACCACCUGCUGGCCCGCCUGGCUAUCGAUUCCCAUUCGGUGUCCAAGCGCAUCGUCGAUCUGCUCUUCAAAUCCUUCUUCCCUGUCAACGAUUCUGAGAGGGAGUGGUGCUGUCGGUGCAUCACCCUCAUCCAGAUGAACCCCAUGGCUGCCAGGAAGUUCUACCUGUAUGCCCAUAAACACACAGCCCCCACUAACAUAAUAAAGCUGAUGUUGGCCAUUCGCCGUGUUCUGAACAGCUGUAUCCAGACUGACCUGUCUGAGCUGAAUGACAGCAACAAGGAGAACAGCGCACAGGCUGAACCUCUGCUGGGGAAAGACAUGUCCGUCAUGUCCCGUCUGCUGGAGGUCGUGGUCAUCCUGUGGAGAAGUGUCGAGAAGGCCCUGAAACAACAUGAAGAGGCCCAGAAGUACACUUAUGCCAAGUUUGGAAAUGUCAUGGCCAAGUAUUUCCAGACCUUUGAGGAUGAACAAUGCACCGUUCCUCUCAUACAGCUGGCCUCCUUCAUGCCCUCUGCUGCAGUUCCAACGUUCAGCUGUGGCGUUCUGUCCAGACUGAGGAGGAUGGACCCAGGAGCAGCGCCAGCACAGUACAGCCAGCUGUUAGACUGCAUGUGCAGCUGGGGCCACGCCGCCGACAUCCUCGAACUUGUCACCGACUGGCUCGCCGAGGCUCUGCCCAAGCCAGGGGACAAGGGGAACACCAACCGAAAGGUGCGUAUCCAGGAGACGGUGGAGGCCAAACCUGACCUGGCUCUGGCCUACCUGGAGCACCUGUUCAGCCGCGCUUCAACACGAGAGAAAGUCCUGGCUCUCGGUGAGAGGCCACUGAAGCAGCUCCAUACAGUUCUAGGAAACUGGAGGUCAGUGCUGUACACUCACCUCAGCGCCACCACAAAAGACCCUAAAAGUCCCGGUGUGGAGACGGCCCUGAAAGUCUUCAUGUACCACGGUCGUCUCGGUGCACAUCUGCAACAUAAUGCCUCGGAGGGUCGAGACUACCUGCUCUCUCUGGAGCAUGUGGCAGCAUGGAUAGCUGAGAGGGUGUUACCCUUCCUGACUAAACAUCCCAGUGAUGGUGAUGAUGAUGAUGAGGAGGAGAGGGAUCUGGAGAGGUCUCAGCCACUGGCUGCACAGAUAACCGAGAGUUUCCUGACAGUGUGCCGAGACGUUUUGCUCGUGGGUUUGGGCGACGAGACGCUCAAGGGUCAAAUCCUCCGCCUGUGCUCCCUCACCCUCCUCUCAGAGGCGGGCUACCUGUGCAUUCCUGCAGUGCUGCUGAUUUUGAAGGAGGUGGCAGACAGCUACGUACCGGAGGACAACAACCAGGCUCAGGAAAACCAGGAAGACCCCACAACUGUCAUUCUGAGUGUGGUGGCCAACAUCUUCCAGAAGAUUAUAGAGCUCUUGGCCCGCCGUGUUAGGAAGGACCCAGAGGAGGGAAAACAGCUGUGCCAGGCUGCCGUUCCCAGCCUGACAGACUUCCUCCAAGCGGCUCAGACCUGGGACACGGCACCUCUCAGCGGGGUCUUCUCUACUCUUUUUGCCGUCAUCGUCGUGGAGAAGAGACAUUUGCUUCAGAAGAUUACCCAUCCUGAGGAGGUGAUCCCUUCAGAGUCACUGGAGGACAUGCCUCCUCUGUCCAACACCCUACUGUCUGUCAUCCUCAAAUCACCCUCUGUUACCAGGGCCUUUUUGUCAGAGGUUGUCUCAUCGUUGGACUCGGAGGCCAUCUGCAGUCUGCAUGAGCUGGCCGCCGUCCUGCACGUCUUAGCGGUCAUCAAACACGCGGGUCAGUCUAAAGCGGGCUUGAAGAGCGCAGCCACAUCUGUCCAGCUGCAGCUUCACAAACAUGCAGUCACAUCUGUAGACAGCACAGACAUCCAGAGGGUUAUAUAUGAAUCUUCUGUGAAGGCCUUGAAUGAAAUUCUGGAUUUCUAAGUUGACCUGUUUGAUAUGUAUAUCUGCUUCACAUUGUAUUUUUAUGCAGCCAAGGAGAACAGUAUAAUAUCUGCUUUUCUACUCGCAUUACAGACUUUUGUUUGGCAGAAAACAAUGGAAAAAAUGAAUAUUUCGGCUACACUGACCAGGCUUUUAAAACAUAUGAUUUGGAUUGAAAUCUAAAGCUGAGGACAAGUGCCUGUCUGUUACCAUGUUUUUCCAGAUUGGCUCCACUUCUCUGUGUUUAUUUAUUUCUUGAUGGCACCCAUUGCUCAAGUCUCGUCUCUCAGGCUUUGUGCAUUCAUAAUGUUCAGAAAUAUUGAUUGUGUACUCCAGACUGCAGACGUAUGGUUUCUUCCUGGCAUUCUUCUUUAAAGCUUUCUCUCCAGAGCUCUUGCUCCACUUAUUUUUUGACCAGUUUCAUUUCAUGUUUCACUCUGUGUGUUUAUAUAUCUGUCGGUCUGUCAGUGUGUAAGCUAUAGUGUGCUGCCUAUGAGAAUAAAACAAACGAUAUCA